AUGUUUUCCCAGCGACAUGGCGGUUGGCGUAACUUAUACUUCGUCAUUCUGUCGGCGUGUCGGAUUCAAUGCAUGUAUCAAAUCCCUCACCCCUCCACUGGACAACUCGCAGCUUGGGCUUCACCCCCGCCAGAGGCAGAAAUUCAACAUUUUGAAACUGGUGCAUUACUCCCAUGGCAUCAACCAGGGUUGGAUGGUAGGCCGACACUCGUCCAAGGCACACCCUCUGCUACCUUCUCACCUUACCACCACGAAGCAGUGCCAAGCGUUGGUGAUCAAGCAGGCCGAUAUGUCUUUGUCAGUCCCGAGCCUCCGGCACAUCCAUUUCAGACGCUUGUUCCCCCAACUUCCCAAGACACAAUUUUACAUCCCCAUCCAAGUAUGGUGUAUGUAUAUCCAUGGAGCCCGCAAAUGCUGUCCCAACACCCUAAAUAUCGUCGGCCAGUGAGUGGAAGCAGUUUGAAUCCUCAUGCGGCGGAAUUCGCUCCAAAACCGAUGUUCCCACCAGUGGCAGAACUCACUCAUCUUGACGGGCCAAAUGCUGUUACUGAAGCAUCACAUUCAGAUCUCAACAUGGGAGCUUCUAUAUUCUCAGAGGGCGCGGCUCAUCAAUUUCCUUCGCCUGGCAAUGGCCAAAGUCUAAAUGUCCAGGCUUCGGAGGUCAAAACUCAGCCUCCCGCGACCAUAAGCGCACCCAUUACUCCUGCUCCAACUCUCAAACCUGCUGGAAACACCGGAGCUUCUAGCGCACCGACAGGCGCAGGACAGAUCCACCCUUCUGAGGCUAAAGCUAGCCCGGCGCAGCUCAGUGAAGCCAAAUCUACUAGUAGUACGACAUCUUCUAUCCCCAAGGCAGCAACCAGACAGUCUUCCCUUGCUGAAACGGAAAGUAACCUGAGUGAAUCAAUAAAAACGUUUGAAACUAAGGAUUUGAGCAAGAGUAUCAAUGAUAAAAUCAUCCAACAGAGAGUGGAACAUAAGAAGCAACAGAAAGUUGAGGAUGAUGAAAAGGGUGGUUCCGCAAGAUUACCCCCCAAUCCGGUGGAUGCUAUUGCCAAACCAAAGGCUAGGCAAGAAGAACUUCAGCCGCCUAACUUGCAAGACGAUUCAGGAAGAACCGGAGUGCACGACUCUACAUUUGAUCAACCUUCCAAGGAGGAGAGAUUUGAUCAUCAGAGCACACCACCUAAGGAAGAAGACUUGGAACACAAGACACGAUUUCUUAAGAAAGUCCUGAAGAUUCAGCCUCACAUCCCCAAUGACAAGCUCUCUCAAAAAGUAACAAAGGCACAAGAUGGAAACAAGGAUGAUGGCGUUUCACGUCAAACACUAGCCAGAACUGGAAAAGAAGGCCAGCGAGAAAUUGAUUUGCAAACCGAAGAUCAGCCACAUAACACUCCUCGUGUUGAUUCUACACGAACCGUUUUAAAAACAAAUGCUGAGAGGUUGGAUACCACUUCAGCUACACCAAAAAAAAUUGAAUCAGAUAGAGUUAACUUUAGACAAAAAGCACCCAAAGAUAUCACUUCACCCUUGUCACCUUUCAGCUCCAGCGGCAAAUUUGAGCCAGCAGAAAUCCAAGGGACGCCUCCAACCGUGUUGUCGGACAGCCAAACGGAAGCUGAAGGGGUACUUGAAAACUCACCGAUUUCUUUAUCAGACACACGUGCAUUUAAAAUGAGCCAAAAUAAGAUGGUUGAUAGGUAUGACAAUGAGUUUCCAUUGCUGCCACUGCCAGCUCCUGUGAAGGAAAUCGACACCGUUCGAACAUCGAACGCAAGACCUACAACUCCACCUCAGACAACCAUUUUUCUUAAAAAGGCUUCGCAAAGAUCAAGGAAGGCUAGCUAUCAAGCCUCUCUCAACGCUCAAUCCACCACCAAAAACACCAAGCGUGGUGAUUCAGAUGAAACUGCGGAAGCUAUUUCUUUGCGAAAGAUUCUGGACGACAAGUCUGACGGACUGUCAGAAAAGACACGAUUGCUCCUGUAUAAAUCGAUCCCUGAUAGCUCAUCCUCAUCAACUAAAGCAGAGAUGAAUCGAUCAUCAUUGAAAGGGAAAAAGAGUAAAAUUUCUAUGAAAGCACAUCAACCCACUGCACAAGUCGGAAAGACUGAAAGCAUCAAUUCAUACCCUUUGAGGGUCAAAGCCGAUGUAAAUCUCCUUACGCCUGCCUCGCUGAGUGCCAAGAGCGUCGAUAGAGACAGUGAAAAACUGUUAACAGAUAUGCAAGAUACUCAGAUUGAGACGUUAAAUCCUGUGCCAACAACUUUCCCGGAUUUAAAGCGAAAAGGAAAGCGCCGCUGUAAAUUUGGAACCAAGGGUAAUUUCAAUCGAGCCAUGACAACAACCAGAACUACUCUUAUCGCUCCCGUUGGGGAUGGUGGAAAACAGAAGGAAUCCUUCAAAAAGGACCCUGAGGCUCUAGCUCAGGCCAAGACUCCACUGACUAAAAACUCUCCCAGACAAAAAAAGCUUCCUCAAUCCACAGAAAAAAUUGAAAACAAAGUGUCCAAAAAUUCAGAAAGAAAUGUUCUUGAAGCAUUGAUUGACCCAGUCGCACCAAAGAAUUUAGAGAAGCAGCCCCAUGGGACAAAACAGUCAGCUCUUCAAGAUGAUCUGCCAAGAAUGCAAAUUGCCGACACAAGUGGCCCCUUGCCUCAGCAAAGUGCAAGCGAUUCAAAUGGCCUCAGAAAUAAGGCAAUUGUGGAGGAUAAAGAGCCCAACUCAAAUACAUCUGACAAAGAAAUGGAUGCAACUUCUUCAGCUAAGGAAGUUUCCGAUGUGACACCGGUCUCCCGGGAUGGUCUGAAUAAAUCUCCAGUCGGCUUUUUUGAUCCAAGCAUUCGAGAAAGUGCGGAAACUACUUCGAAACAUCAGUCAGCUCAUUUUGAUAGGGAGAAGCAAUCAUUUCAACCUCCUAGCUUGAAUCAAUCAAAAGACCGAAAACCCAGUCCCAAAGAAAUGGAUGCAACUUCUUCAGCUAAGGAAGUUUCCGAUUUGACACCGGUCUCCCGGGAUGGUCUGAAUAAAUCUCCAGUCGGCUUUUUUGAUCCAAGCAUUCGAGAAAGUGCGGAAACUACUUCGAAACAUCAGUCAGCUCAUUUUGAUAGGGAGAAGCAAUCAUUUCAACCUCCUAGCUUGAAUCAAUCAAAAGACCGAAAACCCAGUCCUCAGAGUACAAGCCGGAACUCUGAUAUCAAAGAGAAGUUUCGUCAGAUUCGAUUGCCUAAUUACUUGCCUCAACACAUCCAAAAUCCCUCAGAGUUUCCAAUACCUCAUUACACUAUUGCAUGGAUCCAAAUCUUGAUCCUCCUAUGUUUCAGAUUCUGUUCGAAGAUUGGAAGAAAAACAGUCGUGCAUUUCACCAAGCCAAACGUCCGAUUGAAGAAAUGA